GGCCCUGAUAUAUGAGAGGGCCCAGCCGCGCGGGGUCUCCAAUCUGCCAUUUUCUGUGCCUGUGUGAGUCUUUGGCGUCCCAAAUUCGCUGUUUUCUCACAGGCUGUAUUUCGUCCGCUGGACCGCUACCUCAGGGGAACGAUGGACGCAGAGUCCACAGCCACUGCCGCCAUCUCUGCGGAGCUGGUUUCUGCCGACAAAAUUGAAGAUGAAGCUCCUGCUCCUUCUACCUCUGCAGAUAAAGUGGGGAGUUUGGAUGUGGAUAGUGAAGCUAAGAAGCUGUUGGGCUUAGGACAGAAGCAUCUGGUGAUGGGGGAUAUUCCAGCAGCUGUCAAUGCUUUCCAGGAAGCAGCUAGUCUUUUAGGUAAAAAGUAUGGAGAGACAGCUAAUGAGUGUGGAGAAGCUUUCUUUUUCUAUGGGAAAUCUCUUCUGGAGUUGGCAAGAAUGGAGAAUGGUGUUUUAGGAAAUGCCCUGGAAGGUGUGCAUGUGGAAGAGGAAGAAGGAGAAAAAACAGAAGAAGAAUCGCUGGUAGAAAAUAAUGAUAACAUAGAUGAGGAAGCAAGGGAAGAGUUGAGAGAACAGGUUUAUGACGCCAUGGGAGAAAAAGAAGCAAAAAAACCAGAAGACAAGUCUUUGGUAAAGCCUGAAAUUGAUAAAGAACAGGAGACUGAAAUGGAGAAGGGUGAAAGAGAAGAUAUGGAUAUAAGUGAGCCUGCAGAGUUACUACAGGAAAAAGUUGAAUCAACUCCAGAUCACUUAACUGAAACCACUGAAGAGGCAAAAGGAGUAGCAGUAUCAGGACUGAUUGAAGCUGAGGUCAUUGCUGAGAAGCCAGAAAACGAAGCACCUGAUGUUGAGGAAGGAAAGUCAGUUUCUGUAACUGAUGUCCAAGAAGAGUACAGCGAAAAAGGGGGUCAGGACAAACAGGAAGAAGUAAUUGUGAACAUAGAGGAGAAGCCAAAAGAAGCUUCAGAAGAACAGCCUACUGUGACUCUAGAAAAGCAGGCCACUGCAGUGGAGGUAGAAGCAGAGCCUAUAGAUUCAACAGUCGAGCCGGUGGCUGUGGGUGGGGAUGAGCCAAAGGAGCAGGUAGCUGCCUCUAAAAAUGAUCUAGGAAAAGCUGUUCCCGAGCAGUUGGUAGGGCAAGAAAUGCCUCCUGCUGAAGAGUCACCAGAGUUGACAACAGAGGCUGCAAAAGAUGAAUCACAAGUCUCUGAGAAUCCUGGGCAGGAGGCCAAAGUUCUCCCUAAGGAUGGCACAGUCAGUGGACUGUCAGCUGCAGAUGAGACUCCUGAACCAGAGACUAAUGCAGAAGGAUUAACAGAAAGAAAUGAUGGCACAGGACUAGAAGAGGGCAGGGCAGAGUUGGUUCCUAACCAGGAGGAGACUAAGCUAUCUCUAGAAGAGUCUGGGGCAGCUGGAGAUGGGUUUGAGACCAAGGUAGCCCAGGGGGGUACUGAGAAAUCCCCUGAAGACAAAGUUAAGAUAACUGCUAAUGAAGAAACACAAGAGAGAGAAGAACAGAUGAAAGAGGGUGAAGAAACUGAGGGCUCAGAAGAAGAGGAUAAAGAAAAUGACAAGGCUGAAGAAACACCAAAUGAUUUAGUUCUUGAAAACAAGUCACUUCAAGAAAAUGAAGAGGAGGAGAUUGGGAACCUAGAGCUUGCCUGGGAUAUGCUGGAUUUAGCAAAGAUCAUUUUUAAAAGGCAAGAAACAAAAGAAGCUCAGCUUUAUGCUGCACAGGCACAUCUUAAACUUGGAGAAGUUAGUGUUGAAUCUGAGAAUUAUGUCCAAGCUGUGGAGGAAUUCCAGGCUUGCCUAAACCUGCAAGAGCAGUACCUAGAAGCCCAUGACCGUCUCCUUGCAGAAACCCACUACCAGUUGGGCUUGGCCUAUGGGUACAACUCUCAGUAUGAUGAGGCAGUGGCACAGUUUGGCAAAUCUAUUGAAGUCAUUGAGAAGAGAAUGGCUGUCCUCGAUGAGCAGAUGAAGGAGGCUGAAGGAUCACGUACUGAAUAUGAGAAAGAAAUUGAGGAGCUGAAGGAACUGCUACCUGAAAUUAGAGAGAAGAUAGAAGAUGCCAAGGAGUCCCAGCAUAGUGGGAAUGUAGCUGAAUUGGCUCUGAAAGCAACUCUGGUAGAGAGCGCUACUUCAGGUUUCACUCCGAGUGUAGGAGGCUCUUCAGUCUCCAUGAUUGCCAGUAGAAAAUCAACAGAUGGUGCUUCCUCAUCAAAUUGUGUGACUGAUAUUUCCCACCUUGUCAGAAAGAAGCGGAAACCGGAGGAAGAGAGUCCCCGGAAAGAUGAUGCAAAGAAAGCCAAACAAGAGCCGGAGGUGAAUGGAGGCAGUGGGGACGCAGUCUCCAGUGGAAAUGAAGUUUCUGAAAACAUGGAGGAGGAGGCUGAGAAUCAGGCUGACAGCCGGGCAGCAAUGGAGGGGACAGUGGAGGCUGCAGCUACAGUUGAAAGCACUGCAUGUUAAGAGGGAACAGAGCCUUCCUCCCAAGGGAAAGUGUUUUUGUAUAUAAUGUAUUUUUUCACUUUUGGGGGAUUUUGUAUAACUUCAAUAAAGAUUGUAUGCAAAGGUU